AUGACCCUCGAUCAAGGUGCAGGCGUGAACAGCGCGCGGACGCCAACAGCAUCGGCGCAUGUCGACGACGUUGUUGCCGACGAUGCCGAACCCACCUACACCCACUUUGCGCACCGUGUCGAGUUUGCUGCUCUGGAAGCACGGUUGCUCGCUUUCGAUGUUGGCACCACGCCAACCCAAGCCGAGGACGAGGCCGAGGUGGUUCUCGUGACGAAAAUGGGUGCCAUUCUGGAUCACUACCUCCCCAUGCCAGGACUGCUGGACCCGGCCCUCGACGAUAUUGUGCAUCCAUUGAUGCAGGUGCUGGGCACGCAACUGCAGCGGCUAGCGGAGAACGGCCCAGCACCGAACAAUGCGCGAUUGGCCCGCGUUGGCCGUCUUGUCAACUGGGUAGUCAAGGUGCGCGGGUGGAAGGCUGUCAUCCCAUACUUUCCCUCAUCGCUGCCACACCUAGGCGCGCUCAUCACGCUCCUUUCGCCUCCAGCAGCGUCACCCUCGCGUGUACCGGACACCCCGCACCAUCCAGCUAUCUCAAGCGAGGACGCAUGGGAGUUGCGCGCCGUUCUCCUUUUGUGGCUCGCGCUCCUCCUCACUGUGCCGUUCAGCCUCACAGCUUUGAGCUCGGGAGAGACGCCUACGCGUCUCGACGUGCGCACCCACCAACGUCUCUUUUCAGCACCGACUUCUGACCUCGCUGUCCGAGUCACACUCCUCGCGCUCCCACUUCUACACAGCCCGGGCCGCGAGGGAGGGUAUGCCGCGCUUGUGCUUGCUCGUCUGUUUGCGCGGCACGACGCGGCCCAAGGCCUGCCCGGGUUUGUGGAAUGGGCGGGCGCUGAACUCGCCGAGGGAGAAAGGGAGCGCGAGGCCAACCUCGUUGCGUCACUCAUGGCGUUUCUGGCCGUACUCCCUGGCAUGAUAUCGCCAUCACACUUAGCGACCCUAUGCGGCUUCUUUGACGACGUCCUCAUCCCGCACCUCGCUGGAGGUAACACGGCCGCAACGUCUGGUCUUAUCCGCAAGCUGGCUGUCAAGGCACGUGGUCGUUGGUGGCUCGCGAGGCUUGGACGUGGAUUCCGCGGUGACCCGGAUGCCGAGCUGCCGGACGGCAUCGAGGAAGUUCUCGACGACCUCAUGUCUGGUCUCGGUGACAAGGAUACGAUUGUGCGAUACUCGGCCGCAAAGUACCUCGCGCGCAUAUCCGCAUUGCUCCCCGAAGAGCUCUCCGACCAGAUUGUCAUGGCCACCAUCGGGCUGUAUGCCGGUACCGAGGACGAGCCCGUCGUCGAGACUGCGUUCGGCACCGUUGUGGAUCCGGGAGGGAGCGUGGCCGGUGGUGGUGCGAUGGGACUUGGUGGUGCCGAGGCUGCGCGUGGCGAGGCGCGGUGGCAUGGCGUGUGUCUCGCUGUCGCCGAGCUGGCGCGUCGCGGUCUACUUUCCGAGGAGGCUGUAUCCGAGGCAGUUCCAUGGGUCGUCAAGGCACUCUCAUUUGACCUGCGCCGGGCGAGCCAUAGCAUUGGCUCGAAUGUGCGAGAUGCGGCUGCCUAUGUGCUCUGGUCGCUUUCGCGUGCCAGCAGCCCCGCCCAGCUCUCUCCAUUUUCCCAACACAUGGCAACAUCGCUGGUUUCCGUUGCCGUCUUUGACCGCGAAGUCGGUGUGCGACGCGCCGCAUCGGCAGCAUUCCAGGAAGGCGUGGGCCGUCUUGGUCUGUACCCAGAGGGCAUUGAUGUCCUCGGCAAGACGGAUUUUUAUUCGGUCUCGGUCCGUCGCAAAGCAUUCACCGUCGCCGCUCCAUCUGUGGCCAUUCACCAAGUGUACCGCGACGCGAUGAGGGAGCACCUGCACAACAUCACCCUCAGGCAUUGGGACACUGGCAUGCGCACCGCCGGUGCAACAGCACUUGCGGCGCUCCUAGCCCUGUCGCCGGAGCAAGUCCCCGACUCAGUUGCGCGUGAGCUAGGUCAGGUGCCUUCUCUAGACCCGACAAGUGUACACGGCGCGCUUGUUGCACUCGCCCACAUGGCCCCUCUCCUGGACGAUUCAACAAAGGAACGUCUGCUUGCAUCCCUCGCCGGCGUCCGCGCUGCUGCUCUUAUCACGGCAAACGCUCCCGAAAUCAUCGCUGCCGGAUGUACGCUCGGCGGGGCGGCUCUCACGCCUAGCGCAGACUUGACGUCGCUCACCCGUUUCCUGGACGCGGCGACGCGCCGUCGCGAGAGUGACGUACACGAUGCGCUUGCACAGGCCUGUCAGCAAAUUAGCAUUGUGAGGCCCGACGACUCGGGGACAUAUGUCCAGCGAUCGGUUUCGGACCUGUCUUCCGCUCGUCCGGCACAAAGGCAAGCCCAAGCAUUAUGCUUGGGUCACUACCUCUACCGCUCGCCGGAGGAACUCUUCACACCCCUUGCUGCCCUCCUCGUUCUGCUUGAUCCAGCAGCCAAGGCCGACGUCGAGACCAAGAGGAACGCCGUCGGCUCGUUAGCGGAUGUGGCGUGUCAACGUGGCCUUGAUGGACAUGUUCUCUUUAUUGCGGACGACUACCACCGCGUCCUCGCCGCACUCACCACGGCCUUGGACGACUACACGACUGACCAACGCGGUGACGUCGGUUCCUGGGUCCGUUCAGCCGCCGUUCGCGCACUCGCCCGCGUCAUUGCUGGCGCCUCUACCGAAGCCGAUGCCAAAAUAUUUAUCCCGCAGGCCACAUUCGAGGCCGCGGUGGCCGGCAUCGCCAAGCAGGCAUUCGAGAAGCUUGAUGUGCUGCGCGAGGCCGCUACCGAAGCUUGGGGGACACUUCUCUCCGCCAACACUGACAUGGUGUGGGUCUGGGACUGCGCACGCGCCAUGCAGGUCGACGGAGUGCAAGGCGCCAUGCGUCAGCCGAGCGAAUGGUUUACUGCGGGCCUGGCACUCCUCGCCACCCCCGCCCGUCCGGCUGUGCUCGCUGGUCUGGUCCAGAGCGCAGGCAGCGCCGCCCACCCGACGUCUGAGCGUGCUCUGGGUCCGUUUAUCAAGUAUCUCCGAGCCAGCCCAAACCUCGCCACCCCGGUCAUUGCAGACAUUGUUGCUCUUCUCGCUGCCAACUUGACCUCGAACCGCGUUGCAGUUCCGGCCCUAACCACCGUGUCGCGUCUUUUGGACGCCGGUCUGGUGCGUUCGACAGACCCCACCGCUCCCUAUGCCCGCGCGCUGGGCCUGGCGACCCGUGGCGUGGGGACGCUGAAGAGCAUGGACCGUAUUGGCGCGGCCAUGCGAGUGGUGGUCGGCACGCUCGGUCUGCCAUUCCCAGGUCUGAAAAACAAGGCGGCAGACGCACUCGCACCAUUGCUUGCGCACCGCUUCCCAAGGAUCCGGGCCAUGACGGCUGAAGCAGUUUACCUCCUCCUCUCAACGGAGAUGGACGAAGUGGAGCCCGAGCUGGAGGAGGUCUUGCUUGAGACGAGCUGGACAGAGCAGGAAGGUGUGGAUGCUGCGCCCAGGGUGGUGGCGCUGUUACACGCGUUUGUUGUCUCAGCAACCGACUGA